ACAAACGCACGCUCCUCCUCUAUAGCGAACCCCGGAUGUGAGGGGAUAUUCAGCGCUGUGUCGCCGUGUCACCAGGUGUCUGGAUCUCAGUGUGGUGACUGCUGCUUGCAAAACCGCCAGGAUGAUGCGAGCAGGAGGACUUUUGAAACUGGCAGUGCUGGUUUCUAUCUUGUUUCUAGCUGUGUUCCUGGCAUUUGAGCUAUUGGAGAGCAAAGCUAAUUUUAAUUUGGGCAAAGUACUUGCACGAUAUGCACCCGCAGAGACUGUAUCCACUGGGCCUCCGCGCCACAAAUGCGGUCUUUCUAAAUCAUGUCCGGAGGACCAUUUUGCCUUUAAGAUCACCAGUGGAGCAGCCAGCGUUGUCGGCCCAAAAAUGUGUUUUCAGGAUACUGUAUUAAUGAGUGGAGUAAAGAACAACGUUGGACGGGGUAUAAACAUUGCUUUGAUCAAUGGGAAGACCAGCGAGCUCAUCAGGACUGAAUCCUUUGACAUGUGGUCUGGAGGUAAAUCUGUUUCUACACCUUCUAUCUUGUUUACUUUUAUGCAUAUUGCAUGUGUAGGGUCUUAGGUGCAAUCUGGCGUCUCUGUUUAAACCUUGUAUUAAAAUCCAUCUUGGGUGAUCACCUCACUAAAGCUGUUAGAUACACAGUCUU